AUGGCUGUCAGAGUACAAGAGUGCCUGGAGCUCCAGCUGCUGGAAAUGGAAAUGCUCCUUUCAAUGUUUCCCAAGAAAGGUGAAAUAAAUCUGGAUGAGGAUGCUGUGCCCUGCAUGCAGCGCUACCUGAGGAACCCUGAUGGAGCUCUGCCCCCACAGCUGGAAUGUUCCAUUGCUGUUGAUGUAGGGGAGGCACAGGUAAAAGUGGAACUGCAGGUAGUGCUGCCUCAUAGGUAUCCUCAUGUAGCUCCUCACCUUUUUGCAAGAUCAGAUGCACUGCACAGACAGCAACAGCUGCAGCUCAACACUGGUCUUGCUUCUUACAUCAGUUCUUUGGGUUCAGGUGAACUGUGUAUCUAUGAAGCUGUGCAAUGGGUGAAAGACAACAGCCUGUCUUACCUGGAGAGCAGCAAGGUGUCUUCUGAAAGGGUUUCAAAAGAAGUCGUAGUUAAAGAAACCUUGCACCGCAUGUGGAUCUACAGCCAUCACAUCUACAGGCAGGAACUGAGGAAAAAGAUUUUUGACUGUGCAAAGAAGUUAAAUCUGACUGGCUUCUGCCUAACAGGGAAACCUGGUGUCAUCUGUGUGGAAGGACACCGAGAAAACUGUGAAGAGUUCUGGCAUGAUAUUAGGUAUCCCCAGUGGAAGCAUAUUUCAUGCAAGCAUGUGGAGAAUAUAGAAACAGAGGGAAGUAUCAAUAAUCUUCGUCUUUUUCAUGGUUUUGAAGACCUGCAGUUUCAGGCACAUGGUGAUUAUGGCCUGAGGAAUGACUAUCACAUGGAUCUUGGCCAGUUCCUGGAAUUCCUGAAACAACAUCAAAGUGGACAUAUUUUUCAGAUUUUAUUUGGUGUCGAAGGCAAACCUGCAGACAAAUAA